CCUUCAGUCUGUUCCUGUGCGAUUAGUGAGAAUAGUGAGAUUAGCGUCUUCUUUUUCUACUUGUCUGAAAUGGAGCUAAAAGGACUGGGGUUCGUCCCCCUCCUGUUGGCGUUUUGGUGUCCGGCCUGGCUUGCCACCAGCUACAUCAUGACGGUCGUCCUCGGCCAUGCAGCCUCGCCACUGAUGAGCAUCAGUGACGUGGGAAAUGUCUUUCCCGAAAGCAUAUUAUUCAGAAUUGGAUUCAUAGGGACGUCCAUUGGCACUUUGGUACUAACCUUUCUUAUUUAUAAGUAUAUGGUUAUGCAUACUGAAGAGUUCAGGGGUCAUCAGGUCCUGAUCCAGAGGAUCCUGCUGGCCAUUGUGUGGGCCUCCUGUUUUUCCACAGCUGUUAUGCAUGUAUUGUCCCCCGAAGAAUAUCCCAGGAUACACUUUGUCAGCACGAUAAUUUCCAUUACAUGUGAAGCCUUAUACUACCUUGGGCAGUCCAUCCAGAUGUAUAAAUUACCAGGAGCAAAAAAAGUCAUCCACCAUAGUAGAUGCACCUGCUGUGGCCUGACUUUUGUCUGUGUAGUUUUCUAUUUUGGAUAUGAAACAUUAAAGGAAUUAUUCCAUAAUGAUGAAGACUGGGACGAGAUCCGUGAAAUCCCCAUCAUAAUCAUCGAGUGGGUGAUGCUUCUACUGAUCCUGAUAAACAUCGUGACCUAUUAUUCCACCAUGCAGAGGUUAUUGUUGACCGUCUCCAGAAACAGCUGCACACUCUCUCUUAGAGUAAAAAUUGAUGACUUCGGGGUGUAGACCACCACGGGGGCCAUCAAGUGGACUUCUGGGAGAGAUACUGCACAGGACACGGAAAACAUCUAAAGAAGAAUAACUGGGGGACUACAUAUGGUGCCAGUAAUCAUGACACAAUAAUAUGAGCUGGUGAU